AUGCGUGAAGCCAACAAGGCAAUCGGAAGAGAAAAGCACCUCGUGCCAACCUUAGAUGACCUCAUCGCUGACUUGAACAGGGCGGCCGUUUUUAGCACCCUUGAUCUUGCUUCCGGUUACCAUCAGCUAACCCUAGGCCCAGAAAGUCGUCACAUCACCACCUUUAGCACCCACGUUGGGCUACGUCGAUACAAGCGCCUGAUGUUUGGUAUCAACGCUGCAUCCGAGAUAUUCCAGAACGCCAUCGCUGAACUGCUUGCUGGACUACCUGGAUGCAAGAAUAUCCCUGAUGAUAUUAUUGUGUACGGAAAAGACCAACUCGAACAUGAUCUUAUCCUCCAAGCUGUCCUUCAACGCCUCUCGGAUUACAACGUGCGCUUAAACAAGAACAAAUGCCACUUUUCUCAGUCCCAAGUGUGUUUCUAUGGUCAUAUCUUCAGCGCCAAAGGAGUCCAAGCCGAUCCUGCGAAAAUCGACUCCAUCCAACAAGCCCGCGCUCCUCAAAACGUCAGUGAAGUUAAGUCUCUACUUGGUUUGUCCCAAUACAUCUCUCGAUUUAUCCCCGACUACUCUACCAUCACUGCUCCACUACGUGCUCUCACUCGAACUGACGCCGAGUGGAAAUGGACGACCGACGAACAAACGUCCCUCAACAACCUGAAAGCAGCGCUAACGGGACAGAACGUAAUGCCCUACUUUGAUCAAAACAAGCCAACCGAAAUCAUCGUUGAUGCCAGCCCUGUCGGUCUCGCUGCCCUUCUCGUUCAAGCUGAAAAAGUCAUCAGCUACGCCAGUCGCGCUUUAUCUGACGUCGAAAGUCGUUACUCGCAGACGGAACGCGAAAUGUUAGCCGUCGUUUGGGGAGUUGAACACUUUCAUCUUUACAUCUACGGUUCACAUUUUCAGAUCAUCACGGAUCAUAAGGCUCUUCUCGGCAUCUUCAAGACCCAGAAACCUGCAACACCGCGCAUGGAUCGAUGGGAACUCCGCCUCAUGCCUUAUAAUUGUCAGUUACAAUAUCGCCCUGGGAAAGACAACCCUGCUGACUUCAUGAGCCGCCAUCCCAAACCAGUGAAUUUCAUAAACGAAACUGAGAACUUAGCUGAACUUUACGCAAAUUAUGUUUGCUCGAAUGCCAUUCCCAAAGCCAUGACUCGUGAAGAAGUCAAACUUGAAACCAAGCUGGACCCUCUCCUCAACAACUGGAACGAUCCAACUGUCGACCGCUACCGCCGUUUCCAAGACGAAUUGAUGGUCUGUGACGUAGUUAUCCUCCGUGGAAACCGUAUUGUUCUCCCACAGUCCCUGCACAAUCGAGCCAUCGAGUUAGCCCACCUUGGCCAUCAAGGCAUUGUUAAAACAAAGCAACUCCUACGCGAAAAAGUCUGGUUUCCAGACAUUGACAAAAUGGUUGAAGCCAACGUCAAGAUGUGUUUGCCCUGUCAAGCCUCUACCUAAGGAACGUCUUCACCUCCAGAACCAUUGAAACCCUCCCCGCUCCCAGAGAAAGCUUGGACCAAUGUAGCAGUUGAUUUCGUUGGACCAUUUCCCACAGGCGAAUACCUGAUAGUCGUGAUUGAUGAAUACAGUCGAUACUCGGAAGUCGAAAUUCUCACCACAACAUCCGCGAAAGCCGCAAUUCCAAAGCUUGAUGCCAUAUUCCCCAGACAAGGCAUCCCUGAGAUUCUCAAGUCAGAUAAUGGCCCUCCAUUUAAUGGUGAAGAGUUUGAGAACUUUGCCAACCACUUCGGUUUUAAGCACCGUAAGAUAACCCCAUACUGGCCAAGAGCCAACGGCCAAGCUGAACGCUUCAUGAAAACUAUUGAGAAAGCAAUUCGAGCUGCCACAGUUGAAGGUCGGAACUGGAAACAAGCCAUGUAUACCUUCCUUCGACAGUAUCGUGCCACACCACAUAGCACCAUCUCCGUAUCCCCUAGCGAAGCACUAACUAACCGAAAGCUAAAAACUCGCCUUCCAGAUUCCCCAUCAACACCAAGCAACUCCGAAAAAAAUGAGGAGAUACGUAGUCGAGACGAAAAGAACAAAUCAACCAUGAAAUCAUACAGCGACAAAUUAAAUCGUGCCAAGCCAAACAACAUCACCCUCGGUGACACUGUCCUCCUACGACAACCGAAAUUGAGCCCUUCCGCGUUGUAG